GGCCUGGAAUGCACUCUCCUUCAGAGACGCCAGGAGAAACCAGCCCCGCCCACACCUGGCCUCCAAACUGGGAGGGAAGGAAUUCUGCUUCAGACACCAGGUAUGAAUGUGGAGGCUGGACAGCUGCAGCCAGCAGCACCUGGUGCUGUGGGGAAGAGGCUGCCCUGAAAUGCUCAGACACAUUUCAGCAGGUUUUCUUGACACUUGGGAGAGUUUGGAAACCAGGGCCCCAGAGCUCCCAGCCCACCCUUUCCUCCUUCCGACGGUUAACUGCCCCCCGACAGCCUACCCUCAGAACAGUCAACUGCUACUUGAAUGCCUCCAGUGACAGGAAGUUCACUGCCUCCAGAGACUGCUGUAAACAACAUAGCCUCCAUCCCACAGUGGAGCCAAAAUCCGGCUCCUUCCACAAAGCCAAAAUCCAUCUUGGAGCUUCCACUAUUUCCUCCCGGCCUGGGGCCACAGGACAAGAUCAUCCCAGCUGCAGGCCUGCUGGCUCCGGUGCCUGCGGGCCCUGCCCUGUGGUAGGCACUACUCGUUUUGACCAGCCCAGCUGCCCUGGGAGGCAGGCAUGCCGCUGGCUUCUCCACUUUGCAGACAAGCUGCAGCUCCUCUGAGCAGAGGCGGGGGGUUCUGCAGGCUCAGUCCUCAAGGACUCUUCAGGACUUCCUAUGUCCCCCCGAGGUCCCAAAUGGUGAGGAAACAGAAGCUCAGAGAGGUCAGAUGCCUGUCUGGGAGCACACAGCAAAACAGCCCUGAGGUAGGAGACCCUGGGAUCUGGAUCCUGUGCCACAAAGGUGGGUGCCCUUGCUCCUGUACCAGCCUCCCACUGACUCACUGGGUGGCCUGGGCCAGUGCCUGCCUCUCUGUGCCUGGCUGCUCAGCUGUGACGGCCAC